AUGUUGCAGAGUUGUUGGAGCCGUAACACAUGGAAGCCUUGCAAUUGUGGGGGAGCUAUUAAAAGACGGACUUCCUGGACUGAUUCCAAUCCUAUGAGAAGAUUUGAGGCUUGUGAGAAUAAUCGGAAGAUCAGAGGCAAGGGUCUUUAUUGGGAGUGGAUGGACAAAGAGAUAUGCCUAUGA